CUCCGUGGGCGUGUGGGUGUGCGGCGUGGGUGUGGGAGUGGGGGGUGAUCCAGCAGCCGCCGCCGCCGCGGAGCGUCCGGAGAUCUCUGCCCCUCCCGAAAAUGAAUGAGGUGUCAGCAGAAGAGUUAAAAGACCCAGAAGUAUAUAAAAUAUGCUAUAUAUUUCCAAAUGGAGACAAAUAUGAGGGUGACUGUAAGAGAAUAUCUCCUGGAGUCUUUGAAAGAAAUGGAGCAGGGGUCCAUACCACCCCCAAUGGAAUAACCUAUAUAGGGGCCUGGAAAGAUGACAAAAUGAAUGGAAUUGGAAGACUUGAACAUUUUUCAGGAGCAGUAUAUGAAGGAGAAUUCAAGGACAACAUGUAUCAUGGAACAGGGACUUACACAUUCCCAAAUGGAGCAAAAUACACCGGAAGUUUUGUAGAAAACAGGGUGGAAGGUAAGGGAGAAUAUACUGACGUUCGUGGAUUGGAAUGGAGUGGUACCUUUCAUUAUACAGCUGCACCGGGGCUGAAACUAAAGCUCCAGAUGUAGAAGGUCUCUAAACUAAAGCAAUAGCGUUCAAAUUGAUGUUAAUCAUAAGCAAUUAUGGCCAAGUGUUUCCCUUAGAAGUUUCAUACACCGCUUACUGUAUUGUGAGUUAUCCAAUAAAAUCAUCUGUGCGUUUCUCCAUUUGCAACUUUAUUUUCAGAGUCUUAGAGAUAGUUUAAAAUAAGUUCUGAGAGGGUUCCCAUUGGUUAGGGAAUGGCUGAACAAAUUAUAAGAAUGCCAGGGAAUAUUGCACUAUUAAAAUGACAGAUGAGCAAUUCAGAGAACCCUUGGAAAACUUAGAGGAAUUAACGAAGAGAGGAGAAGUAGGAAAGAAUAUGUGCAAUGGCUACGAUAAUGUAAAGGAAAAUAACCCAAGUACUGCUGAACUUUGAUGAAUAGGGCCGUAGAUUGGGAAGCGAUUCUCUCUCGCUCUCUCUCUCUCUU